UUCCGUCUGUUACACCAUCACACCACAGGAAAUAUAGGAUCAAUUAGACUGCCACUUGUGGUUUAUUGCUAUAAUGCCAACUUAUCAGAGCAUCAUCAAAAUCGCCGCAGUCACUGGCGCCCUCUUUUUAUCAGGCGGUAUCACUGCCCAUGGAUCAGCUACAGUUCCGGCACUGCUUGAAUCCAUCUCAGAAGAUGGCACCUCCUCUCACGCAAUGGUUCAAGUCUGGCGGCGAGUGUACGAGCAAGGACACGCAAAUAGCCCGAAGGUUGUUGUUCUGACCACAUUCGGCUUCGCAUACGCGGCCUGGGGUGCCAAUAACCAGCAAAUCUCGACACGAACACCGAUACUGUUGUACAGCGCUGCUGCAUUGCUGGUCGUGGGGGUUGUUCCCUACACGCUCAUCUUCAUGGAGAACAGCAACCGCAAGCUAUUAAAGAGAGCGGCAGAAGCCAAACACUAUUCGUCGUCUUCUGCGUCUAGUGAGGAAUGCCCGGAAAUUUUGAUUGACCAAGAAUCGAACGAAGGACUUCUUAGACGUUGGAGGGCUCUGACAUUGACUCGUGCCUUGCUGCCGAUGACUGCGGGUGUCUUGGGACUACUGGCAAUUACGCACUAUGAAUGAAUUUUUCAAGCCUUGUGAGGCCGAGCUCUAAUAGAAGAACUUUGUUAUAUCAGAGGUGGUAGGAGUUGGGUUACCUGUGGAGGCUGUGGUCCACAUCUGGCAAGAUAUCCCACCACAGUAAGAAAUGCUGUUGGUAUAUUUUCUUUCAAGCAAAUAUAAUCAAAACAAACCCUUGUC